AAUGUAAAUAAUAACGUAAACUGAAAUCAAAUGCACAAAUACCGAAACAAGUAUCAAAAGUCAGUUGACAAUUAAUUGUCACUUGUUAGUAAGGUUAUCUGUUGAUCAUUAGAAAAAGGUAAACAAAUAGGUUGUGUUUGUUUUAUACUAUAAUUACAGUAUGUCAGAAGGCGGGAGUAGAAGUAACCACAUGAUUCUGGCAACUGGAGGCUAUGAUCACACGAUCAAACUAUGGCAGGCUCAUACCGGCAUGUGUACCAGGACAUUGCAACAUGCGGAUUCUCAAGUGAAUGCUCUGGCGAUAACUCCCGACAAACAGAUGGUAGCAGCUGCCGGUCACCAGCACAUUCGCAUGUAUGAUCUGAACUCGGCCAACCCCAACCCAGUAAUUAACUACGAUGGAGUCAACAAAAAUGUGACCGGGGUCGGAUUCCAGGAGGAGGGCAAGUGGAUGUACACGGCUGGAGAAGACAACAGUGCGCGUAUCUGGGACCUCAGGUCUCGGAACUUGCAGUGUCAAAGAAUAUUCCAGGUGACUGCCCCUGUGAACUGCGUAUGCCUCCAUCCCAACCAGUCAGAGUUGGUGGUGGGAGAUCAGACCGGUGUGAUCCACCUCUGGGACCUCAAGACUGAUCAUAACGAACAGCUGAUUCCAGAGGCGGAUGCAUCGAUUCAAUCGAUUGCCAUUGACCCUGAGGCUUCCUACAUGGCCGCUGUGAACAACAAGGGUCACUGUUACAUCUGGGGUCUGACCGGCGGGGUCGGCGAUGAACCCACCAAACUAAACCCCAAGCAGAGGAUUGACGCUCAUCAACGAUACGCUCUCAAGUGCAAGUUCAGUCCGGACUCCACGUUAUUGGUCACAACGUCAGCUGACCAGUCUGCCCGUGUGUGGAAGACUGCCGACUUCUCCCUGGUACAGGAGUUGAAGGUGGAUAACGGCCAGAGAUGGGUGUGGGACGUGGCUUUCAGUGCAGACUCACAAUACAUCAUCACAGCAUCUUCAGACAACAUUGCUCGACUAUGGAGUGUGGAGACGGGAACGGUCCAGAGAGAGUACACAGGUCACCAGAAGGCCGUCACUGCGCUGGCGUUCUCCGACCAGGUCAACUCCACUGAGUCCUCAUCUUGAGCUUAGAUGCUACCUCUGUAUCACCUAAACUCAUGUUUUGUACAAAAUAAGAAUAAUUAAAGAGUUAAUUAUUAAUCAAA